UCAGCUUCUAAUAUUCUUCGGCAAGAUAUUCCUGUUGAAUGCUAUGGUUAUGAAGGUUUAGAGGGACCUGUGGGGUCCACAGGGUUACCCUGGAUGUAAUGAGACAAAGAGACAAAAGGUAACCCUGGAGUUGAUGGACUGCCAGGAAAUCGGGGGCCUCAGGGUGUAUCAGGUUUACCCGGACCCAAGGGAAAUCCUGGAGAUGGAUUUUAUGGAUUUGGUUCAAAAGGUGAUCCGGGUAAUCCAGGAUGAAGGGUUCCUAGUGGUGAUCCUGGCAUUCCAGGUCGACCUGGACUCCCUGAGCCUUUUGGCCCUCCAGGUCCUAGGGGGCCGACUGGAAUUCCAGGAGGUAACCGGGCCAAAGGGAAGCAUGGGAGACCAGGUUAGAAAUCCCCCCAAAGGUGAAAAGGAAGAGGUAGGAUUACCUGGUCUCAAAGGUCCUAAAGGCUCCAUCGCAACUUUACCAGGAAACAAACCAAACGAGAUUCUGAUGGAAGAAAAGGGGUAGAGCCAGGUGAGGGAGGAAGACCUGGAAGACCCAGAUUUAAUGGAAUGAGUGGUGAUCCGGUUAGUGGGAAAUUCCCUACUGUUACUCUCUCUGUCAUAACAAUCCAACUUAACUUGAAAAGAGCAAGAGCCACUUAGGGCCUUUUUUGGCCCUGAGAAUUUUUGAAAAAUCGAAACUGCUCAGUUUUGGUUGAAAAUGCAGAAUUUAUAACUUGGACCCUUGGUGACCGUGUAUCUAUUGAACAUGACGUAAUUUUCUCUCUAGUCAAUGCAUUAUGACGUCAUAAAAUGCAUCAUUUUUCCCAUAUCCUGUAAAUUCCCUUAAAAAUGGCCAAAAGUUGAGGUAUUUUUUCAAUAUUUCAUAUAGAGCACAACCUCUGAUCCAAAAUAUGCAAUUACAUAAUGAAAGAUCUGUUUCUGAAGAUCAAAACAUGUUUUAAUUUUUGGACCGUGCAGGGCUGUGCUCAUAUUUUAUUUCUUUGCUGAGGAUAGUCAAAUACACAUGUUUUCUGCAAAAUUCAAGAACAUUGCAUUUUCUCAAAGCCUGUUUUCCAAUACCUGGAUUCUCAAAAAGAAAUUUUGUUAUAGGAAAUGAAAGCACUAAGUCUCUACUUUAUUUUGAUAUAUGAAAUGGGACAGAGGGUGAUAGUCAAUUAAUUGAUAUAAGGGCAUGGCCAUUUUAUGCAAAAAGUGAACCUAGCUCUUUGUCUUUUAUUAUUCCUUUAUCUGAAGGCCAUAGACAUGGACAAUCUGUAAUAAGUUGUAGUAGAAAAAUUUAAUUUCAUAUUAUAUAACAAUUUUUUGAAAAACAUGUACCGGUAACUGAAAAAAACAUA